CAGCAAACAAAUAAACUGCACAUCGUCCUCUCUUCUCCCCUGACGCCGCUGCGACCAGCUUUCCCCACCGCGCUCCACAAACCCUACCCCUCCUCCGCCCUCCGCCGCGUCGCCAUGAGUCGUCAACCUGAGGUGCUAUGGGCUCAACGCUCGGAAAAAGUUUACCUGACUAUCUCAGUCCCAGACGCAGAAGAUGUUGUGAUCAAGACUGAACCUCAGGGCAUCUUUAGUUUCUCAGCUGUUGCUCAUGGGGAAUCUUUUAGCUUCACUCUGGAGCUAUUUGAUUCCAUACUGCCUGAGGGAAGCAAAACAAAGACAAAGGUGGGUUCGCGAAACAUAAUCUGUUCGAUCCAGAAAGAUAAGAAAUGUUGGUGGAAGCGCUUGCUGAAGUCAGAGGCAAAACAUCCAUACAUCAAAGUUGACUGGAACAAAUGGUGCGAUGAGGAUGAAGAGUCUGAGAAUUCGGGUUCAGACGAUGACUUUGAUGGUGUGGAGAAUGACGAAAAUGAUGCUGAUGAUGGAAUGCUGUAUCUCCCUGACCUUGAGAAGCUGAGAGGGAAAUGAGCAGACAGGGGUUGUUGGGCUGGAUAUAUAUGAAGGAAGUAGGUUGUGCUGCUGUAGCAAGUAGGUAACCGUUAACGCUAUAUAGCAAGUAAUCUAGCAAGUUAUCGUUAACGCAAAAAACCUGGGAGGGUGGUACCAGACUUGUGACAUGGUGCCAUGUCUUCUUAACUACCAGAUUAUUACUCUUUGGUCGUCGCUGAGCUAGGGUUCUGAACGUAGUAGCUAUGAGUUUGUGGUUUGUUACCGACUUAGUUAUCGUUGUUAUGCAGCAAGAUGUCAUGUAUGCUGAGUACCCUGUGGUUUCUCUUGACAUGGUGUAUCGAUAGAGCUUCAAUAGUAUUGUUAUAUAUCGAUGAUGAUGAUGAUGAUUA